CAGAGACAGUCAACUUUUCCACUGUCAACUAUUCUGAUUUGGAUGAAAUGGAUGACGUUGCCGUGGUCCAAAGCGAAAAUGAGAAUUUACGCAAAGUGCGGACGAGAUUGCUUCAGUGGGAGUCAAGUAGUGACGCGCUUGCUCCAUUAAAUGCUCUACAAUUGGAAUGCUUGGAUGUGAUAAAUAACCAGUGUCGAACCUACAAUGAGGUGCCGGAAGCCACAUCUAACGCAGGCUAUGGAGAACAAUCAACUACUGCGGACAAACCACAUUAUGACUCAACGAGUAUUACCGGCAGCGCAAGUGCGCAAGAAUUACUAAGAUUACCAUCGCCUGGAAUCAACAACGGUAAAGAUUUCCUAUUGUGGUACGAUCGAGUGAAAGAGGAAAUUACACGUCACGCAGAUGCACAUCAAUAUCAGUACUUGCAACAGCUGGAACAACGCGAUGCUGAGUGUGUGGAAAUUUUGGAACAGAUCAACUCCACAAUGGCGCAGCUCAAGUCGUUGAAUAGUGAAUAUGAAACAGUAUCACAAAAAACUAGUGCACUCAAUACAGCCAGCGAAAAGUUGACGGAGGAGCAAAAACGUUUACAAAAGCUAGGAGAUGAAAUACAGCGACGAUUGCACUAUUUCAGCCAAGUAGAGCUGCUGCAUCAGCGGCUUCAAAGCCCCACACUCUCCGUGGCAAGUGAGGCAUUCCGUGAUUGGUUGGAUCGUAUCGAUGAGUGUCUUGAGUACUUGAGAGCAAAUCCCAAGUUCAAAGAUGCUGGUGCUUACACAGCAAAAUACAAAUACUGUCUAGCGAAAGCCGUGGCGUUAAUAAAGAACUACACACAAGUUGUAAUGUCACAAGCGACCGCUGCCACGCUGCAUCCCAAGCAAUCGCAUUUUGCAAUGCUACAAAGCACGACAUCAACUGCAAUAGAAGGUGAAAAGAAAGCCAACACCAUAACAGCAAGUACUUCCCCGGAUGCAGCGUUCGCACUUUAUUAUGGCAAAUAUCAAAAAGCUGCUGUGAAAAUUAAGCGCGUGGCACAACUUGUCGAAUCUCGUUUAGAACGCAGUGUAGAAUAUGAACAGCUGCUAGCGGAAAUGCAUCAAAAUUAUCUAAACGAAAGGGCAACUAUUAUGUCACCAGCUGUUAAUAAACAAGAGCUGAAAGCGGCACACAAGGGAGUUCAUUGUGCGCUCACGCGCAGCGCUUGCUCAUUCCUAGUGCAUGUUUUUCAGGACGAGCAGAGGCUCUUUUUCCAGUUUUUCGCGCGGGGCAGCGAUCAAUUGACCACUUAUCUGGAAGGUCUGUGUACCAUAUUGUACGAUACAAUGCGACCUUUCAUUAUACAUAUUAACCACUUGGAGACAUUGGCGGAAAUAUGUUCGAUUUUACGCAUUGAAAUGCUUGAGGAGCAUGUACAACAAAAUCCUGGCGCGCUCGAAGCUUUUGCAAAUACCGCAAAUCAACUACUGCAGGAUGUACAGGAAAGGUUGGUUUUCCGUGCGCAUCUCUAUUUGCAAUCGGACAUUUUGAAUUACAAUCCGUCGGCUGGUGAUCUGGCCUAUCCAGAUAAAUUAGAGAUGAUGGAGAGCAUUGCUUUAUCACUGCAGGAGCCACAUUCAAUAGAAACGGAAAGCGUAGAUACUGCAUAUCGAGCACGUAAUAUAAAUUCAUCUCCGGCUGAUUUGCAUGGAAUGUGGUAUCCUACUGUUCGUCGUACAUUAGUAUGUCUUUCGCGUCUUUAUCGUUGCGUGGAUCGACCCAUAUUUCAAGGUCUCUCACAGGAGGCACUCAAGCUAUGCAUACAAAGCGUGUCCGCAGCCGCUUCCAAAAUUUCAACAGCUAAGACCCCAAUAGAUGGCGAACUGUUCGAAAUCAAGCACUUGCUAAUAUUGCGGGAACAAAUAGCUCCCUUUCGUGUUGACUUUACCAUCAAGGAGACUUCGUUGGAUUUCAGCAAAGUAAAAACUGCUGCUUUUGGUCUUUUACACAAACGUAAACAGCUUUUCACCAUGGGCAGCAAUAAUGCCCUGCUCGAGUUUCUGCUCGAAGGUACACCACAGAUAAAGGAACAUUUACUUGAUUCACGUAAAGAAGUCGAUCGCCAACUCAAAAUGGUGUGUGAGCAAUUUAUUAAGGACGCGGUGCAUAUGUUAGUUUCACCAAUCUUGCAAUUUUUGGAUAAAGAACAAGCAUUAUUACAAACGAAGGACAGCAAAGUUGCCGCAAAUGAAAAAGAAGCUGCUGCACCAAAACUAAAUUACGCCUUACGCCAGAGCGCAUGGGCAAGCCCACAGCAAAUUAGCAGCAUCAUUCAGGAAACACAACGUUUAAUCAAAAGUAAACUAUCAACACUGCAGCGUUCAAUGCAGCUAUACUUAAGUAAUCGUGAUACUGAAUUUAUAAUAUUUCGACCGAUACGAAAUAACAUCAUUCAAACAUUUGUAAAACUGGAACAAAUACUAACCACAAACGGUUACAACAACGACGAUAUGACCAUCACUGGCUGUCCAACGGCUGAACAGGUGUCUGUACUAUUUUUCAUUAUGUAA